AAUCCCAUUCCAGUGCCCGUACCGCGCCGUCCCUAUCGUGCCGGAUCGCCACCCGCUCGCUGCGCCCCCACCUCCCCCCCUCGCCGGUUCGCCACUUCGCCCCACCUCCGCGCCUCAGAUCCAUCCCCAAUCCGGCAACCCUAGCGCCGGGUUCCUCCUCCUCGUCUCCGCCCGCCGCCGCCUCCAUUGCCAGAGGUGAUCGAGGGGGAGAGAUAGAGCUUGGGUGGUCGGAUUAGGGAGAGAGAGAGGGAGGGGAGGAUGUCCAGAAGGUCGGUGAACCCGAGCCGGCGGGUGGCGGACGGGGGCUUGCCGUCCUUCGGCGGCCCGUUCCACCCUAAGUCACGCUCGCCUCCCGUGCUCACCAUUGCCCUCGUCGUCCUGGGUGUCAUUUUUCUCAUUGCCUACUUCAACAGCAGCCCAGGUGUAACUGUUACGAGCAAAGAGACCGUGACCAGGUCUGAAGGUUCUUGCACAUCAGAAGUUAUGCGGGCGCUUCCAUAUCUUAAGAAGGCAUAUGGCAAUGCCAUGCAAAAGGUUCUCCAUGUAGGCCCUGAUAGUUGUACAGUAGUUUCUAACUUGUUGAAGGAAGGAAAGGUUGAAGCAUGGGGAGUGGAGCCUUAUGAUUUGGAGGAUACUGACAGUACUUGCAAAAGACUCGUGCGCAAGGGCUUUGUCCGUAUGUCUGAUAUUAAGUUCCCCCUUCCAUACCGUCCAGAUUCUUUUAAUCUUGUUAUCGUGUCAGAUGCUUUAGAUUAUCUGACCCCAAGGUAUCUGAACAAAACACUUCCCGGUUUAGCAAGGGUUUCCACAGAUGGCCUUGUGAUUUUUGCUGGCAAUCCUGGUCAACAGAAAGCUAAGGUCUCAGAACUACCAAAAUUUGGAAGACCGGCAAAACUGCGGAGUUCCUCGUGGUGGACAAGAUACUUUGUCCAGACUGGCUUAACAGAGAACGAAGGGCCACUGAAGAAAUUUGAAGAGGCUACAUCCCAGAACAAAUACCAACCAGAUUGUCAGAUCUUCCACUUAAGUUCGCCAAGGUGAUGCGCAUCCAGAACACCUUGGGUUGUUGUCAGUUGUCACAUCAGUUCUGUAAGCAGCACCUUUGCUUACCCCUGUUGACUUGCGCAUCUUUCGUGCGGAGGAAUGGUCACACAAACAGAGCCAGCCAUCAGCAGUAGGUUAGCUUGUGUAGAGAGGGAGAGAGAGAGAGAGAGAGGCCUCGACACUUGUUCCUAGAAAAUCGUUCUGGAAAUUAAAUUAUGUGUAACCAAUGACUGAAAACUGGAGCCCGCUGGGAUAUAUAUGUAAGAACUUCACGCUGUUGUACUACUCAGCUAUGAGCU